AUGCAUCGCGUCACUUCAGAAAAUGCCGCCGGCAACGUCGGCAUCCGCUGCUUCUCGCUGUUCAGCGGGCGGGGAGCGCCGCGGGAAAACCUCCCGGGGACGGGUAGAUCUCUGCAUGCCGUGUGGACCCGCACUCUGCAGCAGGCACACUCGAUUCCUCUGAGGCACUGGCCUCGCCUCGCUAUAGAAAACGCCUUCAGACGCUUCCGGACGCCGCGGCGAGCUGCCUUGCGGGCCGCGGCCGCCGCGCCGCCCGAGAGUUCGUUCCUGAAGGGCAAGGCGCAGAGGGGGGGGGGGGGCGCUGGAAGUCGCGUGCGCGACAGGAAAUGUGUGUUUUUCGACUGGAGCGAUCGCCUGGUCCCGUACGAAGUCGCGUGGCAGCUGCAGCAAGUUCUCGUCCGCCUGCAGCAGCUGCGGCUCGCGGGCUUGGAUCCGCGGGCGACGUUGUCUGAAGAGGAAGUGUCUGCGCUUUUUCAAAGGCAAAAACGCUACAAGCGGGCCGGUCUAGAUGGAGCCGCGGAUGCGCAGGCGGUGUCAAAGCGUUGCGCCAUGCCGCCUGCAGCUUGCAGCGGAUACACGCCGUGCGACUACGCUCUCCUGUUGCAGCAUCCUCCCGUAUACACCCUCGGUCAAGGGGGGACUGCCGCAAACAUUCUCUUUCAAAGUGGCGUCCGCGAGCCUGAGUUGCCGCCAGAGUACGCGCGCGAGGUAGAAACUGCAGAGGGAUGCUGCCGCGUUCUUGCGCAGCUGCUGGACGAGGCAGACAAGUCGAGCGUGCUGUGGCGCGCUGGCGGCGACGGCCUCGAGGGAGGGAAGCGCUGGCAGGGCCCGCGAAUGUCUGCGCGUUCAGUGGGGCUGCAGCGGACGCAGGCCGAAGCGGCGGCGCAGAGCGCAGUGGGAGAGUCCGCCAGCGUCUGUUCGUUCCCUGCGGAGGCGAGAGAAAACAGCCGCGGAGGAGUCUCUGGCCUCGGUCAGCCACGGGGGCGACGCCCCGAGGACCUAGAGGGCUCAGAAAACGAGGUGUCGACUGUGUGGAGAGUGGAGCGCGGCGGAGAGGUGACUCACCACGCGCCCGGGCAGCUUGUGCUGUACCCUCUGUUGGACCUGCGGUAUCACUCCUGCGACCUGCACCAGUACAUCCGUCGCCUCGAACAGAUAGCUAUCAACGCGAUAGACCGGCUUUUCGGAGACGCGGCAGGAAGGGGGGGGGGAGAGCCGGCAGUCGACACGGAGGGCCCGAGGCACGCGGAAAAAACAGAGUCUUUCGCACCGCUGCGCGAGGCCGCCGAGGCAGGAAGGCUUGCGAGUCGUACAGUAGGACAGAGGAGACCGGGGACUCCGGGCGUCUGGCUGCGAGGCGAAAAAGUCUGCGCCGUUGGGGUGAAAGCGAAGCGGUGGAUCACUUACCACGGGCUCGCCUUGAAUGUGUGCACCGAUCUGUCGGGCUUCCGCAAAAUCGUGCCCUGUGGACUCAAAGAGGCCACGACGGGACGACUGAAAGACUGGUGGGCGCGGCCGCCGAGUCGCGAAGCAAAAAGCGCGGAUGGGGCGGAUCGGGCAGCGGCGGACGGCGAAGGCGAAGCCGCGCGCCACAACCAAGCUCACACACAGAGACCGGCAGCGGACGAAAGGCGAGAAGAGGGAUUCAGUCGGGAGAGGACGGAUACAGAGCUGCUCAGUGCGGUAGCGCGGCUUCUGAAGGAAGAGUUCGCGAACGUUUUCUCUGUGGAGCUCAUUGAAAGUCGCGGGUCGACGCACGCCACGCUCCCCAGCCACUCUCCUGCAUAA